AAGGGGCUCAUUCUCUUCUCCAGCUGUACUCCUAGAGGUUGUCUGGCCCUGAUACCUGUGCAAAUUCCUCCCGGUGGCCCCGUAGGCACGCCUAUGGUGAUUUGUCCGGACUCUAUGUGACAGAAUGACUCAACCUGGAUCGCUGUUGUGAACGAGAACAAUCACUUCUCGUGGAUUUUCCCUUUAAAACACACUGAAAUGUAACGCGCUGCACCUCUCGUGUAUUUUUCUCGAGCCAACGUCCAGGCUGACUCGGGCUGCUCUUCCCGCACAGGACCGAGGUUGGACGGGGAGACCGAUGCGCGCUGUCAGAUCUCCUGGGAACGCACGUUCGAAGGGUCGCAUUUUACCAAAUUUGCCUCUGGAUCCAGCUCACUGGUCAGCUUAUAGUCUGCGUUCUUUCAGAAAUAUUUGGCGACCGCCAGGAAGGGUAAAAGAGCCAAUGUGAAGAAGAUGAAGCUUGCGCAAAUCACCCGUUGGUCUGAACCUGCUCGACCCUUCUACCUGGACUCUUGCGGAUGAUUUUGCGCCUCUGAAAUCUCACUUGAAAAUACUCGCGAGUCACGCAGGACUCUGAUGUUGAAAACACAACGGUUGAACGCUGAAUCCUUUACUCAAGACGGCAAGCGAAGAUGGGUCCUACUUGUUUAAUGUAUAUUUCAUUAGAUUGGCGUCCAGUCUAAUAAACAUCAUCAGCGAUGUAGUCAGCUUGUUCAUCUGCGUGCUGAUCAUUUGCAGUAAAUACUCACAUCUGCUCAAAAGGGAGACCAUGAAGAUGAUCCUUCUGCGCAAAUUCCGGGUUCUGAUCCUCAUGGUGUUCCUUAUUGCAUGCUCCAUGCACAUAAUGAUAGACUUGCUGCCCAAGCUGGAGAGGCACGGCAACAGCGGCUGCUCCUGCUCCCACACCCCGAGCGAGCAGCCUCAGAGCUGGGGGAAGCAGGGCUGGCCUAACAAGCACACUCUGCGGAUCCUUCAGGACUUCAGUAACGAGCCAAGCUCAAAUGUUUCCUCCCACUCUUUGGAAAGGAUCCCGGUUCCAGGCGACAAAGCGCAGGCUCUAGGCAGGCUUGAGCAUCAACGCGCUGACAAGAAAAAACAGUUCAUACAGGAUGCUACUGUGACUAAGCACAUGCCAUUGAGGGGUUCAAGGUUGGCGUCUCUCUUUGACCAUCCUCUAUAUAAAAGAUCCCUGCCGCCUCUGACAGAUGAAGACACCCUGUUCAACGUCAACACUGAUAUCAGAUUUGACCCCAAAGCAGCAGAGGAUCAGGCAUGGAAUGGGGAGGGCACCAUGGAUGAGUUCAGCCCCACAGGGGAGCUGACGGCUGAUUUCUACCCCAACUGGCUCCGCUUUCACAUUGGGAUUAAUCGAUAUGAGCUGUACGCCAGACACAACCCAGUCAUCGAUGCUCUCCUGAAGGACCUGCUGACCCAAAGGAUCACCAGUGUCGCAAUGAAGUCCGGAGGCACUCAGCUGAAGCUCAUCAUGACUUUCCAGAACUAUGGUCAGGCGCUGUUCAAACCCAUGAAGCAAACCCGGGAACAGGAAACCCCACCAGACUUCUUCUAUUUCUCGGACUUUGAAAGACACAAUGCUGAGAUUGCAGCCUUUCAUCUGGACAAGAUCCUGGACUUCCGCCGUGUCCCUCCAGUCGCCGGCAGGCUGGUCAACAUGACUAAGGAGAUCCGAGAUGUCACGCGGGACAAAAAGCUCUGGAGGACGUUCUUCAUUUCACCAGCCAACAACGUGUGUUUCUACGGAGAGUGUUCAUACUACUGUUCCACCGAGCACGCUCUGUGUGGCAAACCGGACCAGAUAGAGGGAUCCCUGGCUGCCUUCCUCCCAGAUCUGGCACUUGCCAAACGCAAGACCUGGAGGAACCCUUGGAGACGCUCCUACCACAAACGCAAAAAGGCAGAAUGGGAGGUGGACCCUGACUACUGUGAGGAGGUUAAGCAGACCCCACCAUAUGACAGCGGCACACGACUGCUGGAUAUCAUGGACAUGACCAUCUUUGACUUCCUCAUGGGAAACAUGGAUCGCCACCAUUAUGAGACUUUUGAAAAGUUUGGAAAUGAGACCUUCAUCAUCCAUCUGGACAAUGGCAGAGGCUUUGGAAAGCAUUCCCAUGAUGAGAUGUCCAUUCUGGUGCCACUGACCCAGUGCUGCAGGGUAAGGAAAUCUACUCACUUGCGUCUGCAGCUGCUGGCAAAGGAAGAAUACAAGCUGUCCACGCUCAUGGCAGAGUCCCUAGUGAGGGACCGGCUCGCUCCCAUCCUCAUUCAGCCCCAUCUGGAUGCCAUGGACCGACGACUGCGUCUGGUGCUAAAUGCUCUGUCUGAAUGCAUCGAAAAGGAGGGUUACAACUUUGUUGUGGAAGACGACCUCCAGGAAUCCCAAGGGACAGACCACGCCCACAUCGGCCCGAGACGGAGGUAGCUGCCAGGGGGAGCUACAGGGUGGAUCAGACUGCCUCCCUAGAGAUACAACACUGAUCCAGUCUUUUCCUUUAACCGAACUGUCGUCCUGUAACACAGAUGAGCUCCGUCUGUGUUGAAUUUCUCUAUACAGCACAGAAGCCCUCCUGCCAGAGGUGAAAUAAUCUGCUGGACAGGGUUAGACUUCGAUGAACCAUGCAGUGUCUUUAGCUGUGCAGGUGACUUCCAGACAGAUUUGAGGCUGGACACGACUGAACCACCACAUAUCACCUGACUCCUUAAAACGUACAACCCUGACUGUAGUGUAGGAUACAAUCAUCACAGAUGACCCAAACAACUAUUGACCCACCACAGCAACUUAACAGUUAAAGUCUUGCAAGAAAUGGCUUCACUCUGUCUGCUUAAGGACCCUCGUUUUUUGAAUUCAGUGAAUUCUGAGGGCUGAGCUGCCCGACUCUUUCCCAGCUCAAUGUCUUUCUACCUAUUGUCAGCAAUGCAAGUGUUUUGACUGAGGCAGAAGAGAAGCAGGAACUGGAUAAAGUUAUGUUUUAUUGUUUUUUCCGAAAAAUGUUUUGUUGCACUUUUUUGUAUCUUGUUUUUGUUUUUUUUUCUAUUUUAAAUUUCUGCUGAGCUGUCUCAGCACCUUAUCAUUGCAAAUCAAGAUGGAGAGUUAUUUGAUUGGAGUGCAGGUUUACUCCUGGAUAUUUUUUUCCCCCAAAACUGUUACGUGUCCUUAAAAGAGUAUUUAUUUAAAUUUCAUAUUUAUUGUUUGAAACACGUGCUAAUGCCUAACACAACUCACCUGUUAAAUCAAGCAAACUGAUUAUGUCACAAUAGUGCACUUCCUUAUUUGUCCACAAGAGGGCAAACUAAGCAUGUGCAAAAGUGUCCAUUGCAACUGUCCAACCUGUUUGAAAAUGGUUUAUUGCCACCAUGAAUCUCCACGUGUGUUUACUACAUGCAGUCUAUUCCCAGCUGCUGGUUUUAUUUCUCUCAGUGCAGCAGAUAUGAGGUCAGAUUUAUGCUACCAAAAGCCAAAUGUGACACUGAUACUUUUCUAUUAUUGUUUCUUUGUAAUGUAUUUGAUGUCCAGAUAUUACUGUUGUGCAGAGAUUAUUUUUCAGGAUGUGUAUUUCGUUCAUCACCAACAGAUGAUAGUGUAACUGUUGGUGUCAAUGAUUCAGUCACUGGCUGAAAGUUAAUAUAUUCAAUAGGAAAAUCUAGUGCCUGUGCAAUGAUAGAAAUACUUGAAUGUCUGGUUUCAUAGCAGAAAGGGUACAAGCUAUAGAUAAGAUGCAGAGGUCUUCAUUUGUGUAUGUGCUAACUCCAUAUGUUUCAUAAUGGUUUUAUUAUUCAGAUUUAGGUUUCCACAGUCCUGUCUGUGUCAGGGCAGUACAGCGUGCAUGGAUGUAUGUGUGGAUCCAUGGAGAACCUUAGCUGGUGUCCUUGAGGUAAAAAUGCUUCUUUUUUAUUUGACUCCUUGUUUCUGUGGUUUUAUUUUUUUUAAUUUCUUUGCAUCAUGGUAAAAGUGCAAUAAAACAAGAUAAGCAAAUAUGAAUGGUGUGUCU